UUUUAUCUUAGCUAUCUUUUAUUUAUAUAUCAAACUUACUCAUUUGUUUUUGUUGCGUCGACGUUUUUGUUUCCUCCCAAUAUUUAUUUUUUAGUCAUUGUUUUUCUUUUUUUUUGAGUUCUGCUUUGUUAUUUUGUCCAUCAUGAGCUUCAUUAGGAAAUCCUCUUCCGCGCUGGUAUCCAAAAGAACAUUAGAUUCAGAGCCAAGAUUCAGGAUUCGUUCGUCUGUCUCGUUAGGUUAUGAAACCAUAAGGAAGAACAGUGGAGACCUCUUGCCGCCAAAGACAGUCAUCCCGGAGAUUAUAUCAAAAGUUAGGCCAUCACCAGUUGAGGUAAAAAAGGAAGCUAAGAACCCUAGAAACUCGAGAACUUUUGUGGAAAAGGCACUACAAGGAAAAGUGCCUAAAAUAACCCAAAAGGAAGAUGAUCAACUCGAAGAUGAUCCCAAAAGAGCAAAGGUCCGUGGAAACUUCUAAAGAAGUGUCGCAGAGAUUAGACAGAAAAUUUAAUUUUCGUGAUCACUCCCCUGGGAGUUUCCAUUCCAAAACGCCUGUGGAUCGGUCGAGCUUAAAUCAUAAUUCUUCAAACACUUCCAUUGCAUCUAGAUUGUCUACAUCAUCGGGCAAAUCAAAAGGAAGUGCAAUGAAAAGAAAGUCAUCGAGUACGGCUUACUGGGGUCGUUAUGGAAUACAACUUCUCAAAUCUGAGAAACGACACAAAGCAGAUAUAGUAAAAACAGAAUUCAUGGAUAAGGAUAAAAUAGAGGCUCAUGUCAUCGAGUCGUCUGAUUCGAAUUCAAUAGACUUACCAACUAUAUCGGAUUCUGAUUCAAGGAAAGUUUUAACAAGUAUUAAAUCAAUUUCAGAUAUUGAAUCAAAUUCGAUGGAGUCAGAUACAGAACAUAGAGAAAAAACCCCUGAACGUGAUGAACAAUCUGAUCGCUUACGAUUCCUUAAGAUUUUUGGUAUUCUGCCGGAUAUAAGCACUCUGUCGGUUGACGGCAGUAUGGAGAUUGUUAAAUUUUCCAGAGAGGAUGGGAAAUUCUUAGCAGCCGGGGAAGGAAGCCAUAGGGCAAGUGAAUCGAAUGCUUUAACAGAUCUUCAAGUGGAAAACGAGUACUCCGAAUAUCGAGAUAUAAAAUCGUGCAGUUCUGAUAUUAGCAUCGACUCUUUGACCGAUAGCGAUGAGGAAAUUGAAAAUGUUACGUUGCCAGAUAAAGCAUCAAAAGAGGAUAUAAAUGAACGUCUAUUGCGUGUAGAGCCCAGACAAACAAUUAUCGAUGAUAGUGAUUAUGACGACGUCCAUAUGGAAAAUUUGGAGGCAAUUGAGAAUUUCCUAAUUGCAAUUAUGAAUCAAGUAGUAGAGUAUGCCGAAAGAACUUCAGUUAGACUGAAACGCGUGCUGGACAAGGAAAAGUUGCUGAACGAGCUGGGUGAAUUGACCCUAGACUAUCAAAUCGAAUUGCAUCGUCAUCAGACCCUUGAAAACCUUUCGACGGAAUACUAUAUUCGGCGUAAAGAGUUUGCUUGGGUUGCAGAACCGAAGAAAUUUGACAUGGUUAAUAGGGAAAGGUUAAUGUCCGCUCUGGUUGAACUAGAUAAUCGAUUGGAGCAAAUGAAUCAAACCCAGAAGUUGUGCGAAAAACAAAUUUACGAAUUAAGCAAGGAAAAGUCUGCGGCCCUCGACCUGGAUACCGAGAGAAUCAAUCAUUUCAAAGAGAAAGUCAGGGAAACACUUUGCAAGGAAGGCUGGAAUCGUAUACCUCUUGUGCUCGAUGAUCUCUUCUCGAAAAUGAAAAAGAUCCGUGACGAAAUGUCUUAUGCGCGGGAGGAAUUAUUUUUUGUUCAGCACAGUUUGGAAGCCAUAAAAAUUAAAUCAGAGAAAUUUGAAAAUCUGGGAAAUGGCCUUCGGGUUCUUGAAUACAUUUCCAUUGAUGCACGUAAUCACGCCCUGGGACUUAAGCUUGAAGAUAAAGACGUAGAGCUGACCCGAAUGCGUCAUGGCGCAACCUGCGCACUUCAUUCGAUGGCCCAUUGGGCGAACAAGAAGAAAAUGAAUCAGGAACUGUUGGAGAAGAUGAAGAACAAGUUGAAAGUACAGGAGCAACUGAAAAGGGACCUCAAGGCCUGUUUCUACAAGGAAAUGCUUUACCGCGACCGGUUGAAAAAGGAAACCGACAAGCUGAAGAAAGCCGGGUGCCUGAUGCAUUAUCCGGAUUUAAUGCGGGACUAUGAUGCAACAGUGGAGUACGUGCAGACCAAGCAGAUGGAAGUCAAGAAGCUACGUUUGGAACAUAAUCGUCUGGAAAGGAAAAUUUCAGAGGUGGAUGCUAAUAUUAAAAAGAUCUCUUCGUCAAUCAGGUUCAAAAUGAGCCUUGUUUCCAGCCAAUUAAGGUUCAGCAGCAAUCGGAUAAGCAGAACAGGGAGUCAGCAAUUUCGAUAUGGUUUUUAAAAUGGGUUUUUAGAAAAGAAAUAAUACCUUAGCUUAUCGUA